AGUGGAAUUUUGAACUGCUCUAUCGAAUCAUGAUUGCUUGUUGUCGUCUGCCUUAUUGACUUAUUUCCGCGUGGCGUGCUUUAUUGAACUUGUUGGUUGGUUGAAAUGGUUAUGACCGAAGAAAAGAAACUUGAGUUGAUUUCUUUAUGACUAUUCCAUGAAAUAUUUGUUGUUAAGACGAUGUGAAAUGGAAAGAAUAUAAAAAAACGGACAUAGACAAAGAGUAAAUUAAUUUUUUAAGAUUAAAUUCUGUUGGUUUGGGUACAAAGUGCAUUAACAAAAUGUUGAGAAAACAGCAAGUUUUUCUGUUGGAUGUUGGGAAAGGGAAUUUUUGACACAGACCUGUCUUUACAAAGUCCAAAACUACUUUAGCGUAAGGGCUGGAAGACCUGUCAAUUGAAGAAUGUCAAAAUUGUCGGAGAUAAAAAAAAGAAAACAGAAGACGGAUGGUGACGUCUCUUACUUAAAGAUACAACACAGAAGAAUAUUGUUGAGUCUGGACCUUACCCCAACAAGUAUGGUGAAGGAGUCUUGUCCUGUCCUAUUUUCCAAUUGUUGACUCUCUAAAAAGAACAUCCCAAUGGAGAAGAACAUAUCUAAAAAGUUACAUGAGUUUUCAGCUGCAAUGUUGGUGGAAGAAUAAUGCUGGACAGAUCAAGCUGAAUUAUUCACAUCCAAAUCCAAAACAUCAAACAAAGAAAAAGUGAAUCAUAUUGUUGGAAAAUGUUUAGUGACUGUAUUCUAGGUGCAUUAUCUACGACUCUACGUUAUCUCCAAUAAAAACCGAAUUAGCUUGCUCUUCACUCAUCAAGCACGAUUGCAGUUAAUUAAACAAAGACAGAGUUUGUUUCGCCAUAACAAAGAGUCUAGGGAAAGCCCCGGACAAACCCGUUCUUGUUAUAAGAACACGAAGCAUUUAAGGAAAUGUUUGCUUCAGCCAUAAUAUUUGCAGCUGCUGUCCCACUGGUAUUGGCAAACAACGCGCCAACCUAUUCUAGUGAUGUCUCCAGUACGGCCGACAAUUCGUGUGAGAAUUAUCCUCCGCUUAGUGGUGCAAAAGUUCCACAAAAUGGAAAAGCGUCUAAUUCUUCUUAUCCUGAUGAUGGCUGUGGAGACUAUUCUGUCCGAUUUAAGGGCGAUGGAUACCGUUAUUCACUUCUGAAGAAAGGACCUUGUGAGAAUGUGUUAUUUUGGAUUACGGUCGACCCGUAUACUUACGAGGGAAUAUGCACUCCUCGCCUUUGUGGCAGAGAAAAAGUGUUCGUCGGUCGAGAUGGUCUUUGUCACGAUGUUUACGAUACUAAAGAGUGUCGCGGAGGUAGGCGUCUUUAUUACUCGGCUUACGGAGAUCCAAUUUGUGAUUGUCCUAUUGGGCAAUAUCCAUUCCCAUCGGAAGAAGACGAUUGCGUUCCUUUAUUUACUCAAGGGCCGUGUCCAACCAAUCAGGUUGUAUCCGUUAGUUCAUCUGGUAAAUUAGAGUGUUUCCCCAACACUUGUCAACUUGUUGAUAGAUAUCAGGACUGCCUCCUGCAAUUGGUCCCAGUUAAACAAUCAAGAAUAAGUAACGAUGACAACGGCGAUGAAUAUGGAUACUGCUAUGGGUUAGGCACUCGUGGACCUUGCUCACCUUCUGAACUUUUUGGUUACAACAUCUUUCACUGUCAGGGAGAGUGUGUUGACAUGCCCUAG